AUGCAUGCAAUGGUUAUCAGCAAUGCACGCAUCUUCUUCCUCUUCUACUCAUCCAAAAUGCUUUUCUGGCUCUUCCUUCUGCUCGAGAUCAUCGCCGUCGCAAAAGUUCAUAGCCAGACUUCAACUCAAGGCUUCAUCAGCAUUGACUGCGGAAGCUCGACAAACUACACCGACGACACCACGGGCAUAACGUACGUCACCGACGACCCGUUCACCGACGACGGCGUCAACUACCAAGUCGCCCCCGACUACAGCAUCUUGUCCUCGCAACUGAAAACCCUUCGGAGCUUCCCCAACGCCACCCGGAGCUGCUACGCCCUGAAGCCGGUGAUUAAGUCCAGCAAGUACUUGCUUAGGGGCACCUUCAACUACGGGAACUACGACGGCCUGAACAGAGCCAACACCGUGAAGCCCCUGCAGUUCGAUCUCUACUUCGAUGCUAAUUUCUGGCAGACGGUGAGCAUCACGGAUCCGAGUAGCUCUUUCUGGUACGAGGUUCUCGCGGUGGCGAUGGCCGACUCUGUUUCGGUUUGUUUGGUGAACACGGGAUCGGGGACGCCGUUCAUCUCGGUGCUCGAGUUCCGGCCGCUUCCUGACGUCAUGUAUCCGGCUGUCAACACGACGCAAUUUCUAAUCACUAACAUGCGUUGUAACGUCGGACCUCCACUGAAUUCUGUAUCCGUAAGGUACCCGCAAGAUCCCUAUGACCGGCUUUGGGAACCAUGGACGGCCAAUGGCUUUACCGAGAUCACCACCGAUGAAUCCAUCGACAGCAGCACCAGUUCUUAUUUCCAGCCGCCGUCCAUCGUCAUGCAGAGCGCCGCCACUCCUUCCGACAACUCCAGCAUCAUGGAGUUCUGGUGGUAUCACUCCUCCUUGGGCAUUAGCGGCAACAACGAAUACGUCAACCUCUUUUUCUCAGAGUUCACGCCCAACACCACGAGGACGUUUAACAUUUAUCUCAAUGACUACUUGGGCUACUCCAACUACACUCCGCUCUACCUUAUACCAGACUACAUUUACAACAGCCAUCCCAAUACACCAAGUCAGCAAUACCGCUGGGCUCUGAACUCCUCGGGCCUGUCCAGUCUUCCUCCGAUCCUCAACGCCAUGGAGGUUUUCACGGCGAUGCAAUUCGAUCCGAUCGAGACAAACACCAACGAUGGUAUAAUAAUACACGCACUUUAUAAUUCCUUGUGCGUCCAUGCUCCUGUUUCAUAUUGCAUUUUGAUGCUCUGUUUUCCGGGUAACGUUGCUUUGGAAUUUGAUCAUUUUGGACCUCAGCGGAUGCCAUCAAUGCCAUCAAGGAACUAUAUCGGGUCAAGAGAAGUUGGAUAG